UCACGCGUCCUGCGGACUCCAGCUUCCACCCGGGAGCGAGGGAGCGACAUGGCAGCCGCGGCCAAGCCUGAGAACCUCUCUCUGGUGGUGCACGGCCCCGGGGACCUGCGCCUGGAGAACUAUCCCGUGCCUGAACCAGGCCCAAAUGAGGUGCUGCUGAAAAUGCAUUCUGUUGGAAUCUGCGGCUCAGAUGUCCACUACUGGCAGCAUGGUCGAAUUGGUGAUUUUGUUGUGAAAAAGCCAAUGGUGCUGGGGCAUGAAGCUUCGGGAACAGUCGUAAAAGUGGGAUCACUGGUAAAGCACCUAAAACCAGGUGAUCGCGUUGCCAUUGAGCCUGGUGCUCCCCUAGAAACCGAUGAAUUCUGUAAGAUUGGCCAAUACAACCUGUCACCAUCCAUCUUCUUCUGUGCCACGCCACCCGACGACGGGAAUCUCUGUCGGUUCUAUAAGCACAAUGCAAAUUUCUGCUACAAGCUUCCUGACAGUGUCACCUUUGAGGAAGGAGCCCUGAUUGAGCCACUCUCUGUGGGGAUCCAUGCCUGCCAGCGAGGUGGGGUCACCCUGGGGAACAGGGUCCUUGUGUGUGGAGCUGGGCCAAUCGGGCUGGUCAGUUUGCUUGUGGCCAAGGCAAUGGGAGCCCCUCAAGUAGUGGUGACUGAUCUGUCUGCCUCUCGGUUGUCCAAAGCCAAGGAAGUUGGGGCUGAUUUCGUCCUCCAGAUCUCCAAGGAGAGCCCUCAGGAAAUUGCCAGUAAAGUAGAAGGUCUGCUGGGGUGCAAGCCUGAAGUCACCAUUGAGUGCACGGGGGCAGAGGCUGCCAUCCAUGCUGGCAUCUAUGCCACUCGCUCUGGUGGGACCCUGGUGCUUGUGGGGCUGGGCUCUGAGAUGACCACAGUACCCCUAGUGCACGCAGCCAUCCGGGAGGUAGAUAUCAAGGGUGUGUUUCGAUACUGCAACACGUGGCCGGUGGCAAUUUCAAUGCUUGCAUCCAAGUCUGUGAAUGUAAAGCCCUUAGUCACCCAUAGGUUUCCUCUGGAGAAAGCUCUGGAGGCUUUUGAAACAUCCAAAAAGGGAUUGGGCGUUAAAGUCAUGCUCAAGUGUGACCCCAAUGACCAGAAUCCCUGAUGUUAAUUGGGUUUUGCCCUCAUCCCCACCCUCUUAGCAUUUCAGGGCUGAUGGCUGGGCAGGAGUAGGCUUUGAUGCAGAAGUUUCUUUUGAAUGGUAAGAAUAAUUAAAAUA